AUGGCCCCCACGGAGAACACGGCGAUUCAAGUGAAUCCGCCGCAAGGGUUUUAUGUCAAUUUCGAUGUUGACACGACGUACGUCAUUCCCUUCACUGUGCGAAAUGACGCACACUCCAUGUGCACUGUGCGCUUUACGCCUCCCAGGAACCAGCACGUUUUUCGUAUUAAUACCGCCUCGGUGCGUCUGGCCCCAAGACUUUCAUACGUGAUUGAGGUGGAAUUCAUCACGCACGUGGCGCAGGACUACCAGGACAGCUUUGUUGUAUUCACCAACACAGAAUCUAUCACGGUGCCGCUUGUGGCGAAGUGCAGCCCGGAUCUUGAGUUUCCCACGAAGUUAAACUUUGGACGGGUUGAGCGAGACUGUCGUGGUUUGUCGAAGGUGCUGCGCUUCACAAACAAGGGCCGGCGUGACAAGCACGUGCACAUAAAAAUUGGAAAACAAAGUACAGGAGUAAAGGUGAGACCACUGAACUGCGUUGCUCCGCCAAUGGGCUUUGUGGACGUGUGCGUUGAGCUCCUGAAGCUAGAUUUCGGUCACCACCAGCUGCCGCUUCAUAUCGACGUGGAUGGCGAGGCGAAGCAGCGGACACUGCUGUUGGAGGUGGAUGUGAUGGACAGCAAAGGCGUCCUUAUUGACCCGUGCAGCGGUGAGGAGGUACACGCACUGGCGUUUGCCAAGACGUACUUGGGCACGAGAAGCGUGGUGGAGCUUGAUGUGCGCAACGACAGCGAGCAGCCGGUGAGUUUCGCGUUUCAGGCCGCAGCGGACAUCUCGGCUGAGCAGCAAAACCCGCAGCCGUUUGACUUUGUGCCGCGACAAGGCCGAAUUGGUCCGCACGAGACGACACGUGUGACCGCUGUCUUUGCACCGCCCAUGGCAUAUUCCCCACAGGGUUGGUCGUGCCGCCGCGAGAAUCCACGUGUCUUAAAUAACAUGUACGAGUGUCUUUACUCGCUGCUUUUCCUGGAGAUGGAACACACACACACGGUACGUGUGACUGGGACCAGCACAACGACUGCCGCGUGGUUGUCGCAGCCUGUUGUGGACUUUAGCCAGUGCGCCAUGAACGAUACCCGCGAUGUGACGUUGACGGUGCACAAUGGGCAUAGUGAGAUGCCGCUGCAUUUUGCGUUUCCUCGCGUCGCCCACUUCUCCAUUGACCCUGCCGACGGGAAAGUGAAGCCCCGCUGUUCACGCGCCGUUCGAUUGACUUUUUGUCCACGUCGUCUAGGUAAAUUUGAGGAGCAUUUGAAGGUUGUCUUCAAUGAGACGGAAGAGCACAGCCUGACUUUCUUGGGCGUUGCGAAAUCACUCGUUCCGCCGCGGAAGAUUGUCGGUGGGGCCGACAAACUGCCGGAGGAUUUUGUCUGCGCGCGGAAGAGCGUCACUUUGGUGAAGGAACCGCCAUGUGCCAUUUUAAUUCCCGCGGCGGAGACGAAGUUGGAUGCCGUUGACAUUGGUAUGACGCCAGCGGAGGGCCUGCAGCCACCCGAGCCGGAGAUUCCCGCUGCCAUCGGCAAGAAAAAGGACAGGGGGGAAAUUUCACUGCUGCGCGAGGCCGACCACUUCUCACCCGUCUUGCUGGACGCAAAGACGCUCAUCCGAAAGGUGUUCAAGGAGACCCCGAGCAACGCGGUGGAGCGGCGGGAUUGCCGGCGUGAGUUGCAGCCGAUGGAGCUCCUGCGCAUCGCGGCACCCAUCAAAGUGAUUGACUACAAGCGGGUGACCGUCGGUUCCACCUCAACCAAAACGUUUUUCUUGUACAACGGGACCUCCGCCACGGUGCUGGCGGAGAUGCCGACGGAGGAGGCCCAAUUGUCUUUUUCUCCACACUCGCAGGUCAUUCCGGCUGGUCGCGCGGCCGCAUACGAUGUGAGUUUCCACAGCUCGGUGGUCCAGACAUACCAGCAGGUUGUGCAGAUCAAAAUAAAUGGGCGUUAUAUGCUGCGAUUUACACUGCAGGCGGAUGUUGUGCCAGUCGAGGUGACUUUGUCGCGUGACGAUGUCGUGAUUAACUUUGCGGAAUUUGGGGAUGAUCCCAAAGCGUACGCCACUGUGACACUAUUCAAUCACGGGAACAGCGAGGCAUUCUACGCCUGGUCGCUGAACAAUGGCCCUUUCACUAUUGAGCCGAUGAAUGGCUCUAUUGCUCCACUGAGCAAGGUGACGGCACACUUGACGUUUAGUCCACCUCAGAGUGUUCUUAGCGCGGAGGCAAGGGCAGAAUUGCAUGUGAAGGGAGCAUUGGAUGCGAGAGUGCUUCGUCUGAAGGGUAUCAUUGCCCCUACGUCAUGCGGGUGGUCGGAUAUUUUGGGCGGCGGCAGUGCCGCUAGUCGUACGAGUGUAACGGCAGGCGGUGAACAUGUAAUUAAAUUGCUACAGGUACCCGCCGGUUUGGCGACACGAGCGACUGUCUUGCUGCAGAACAAAGGGCGCAAUAGCGCCUACUUCUCCUUUGAAUUUGUACCGGAGUGGGUUACGGUCACGCCAAUGUGUAGCUGUGUUGGGGUGGGCGAGGUGGAGGAGAUCACACUUGCCGUGCUGCAUGAUACACCGGGUUUGCUGCAGGCUGUUUUGCUUUGUUUUGUGCGUGGCAUGAGAAGACCGCUGAAGCUGAACCUCACCGCAGAGGUAUGUGUGGCACCGUUGUGUAUUUUGUCACCUCCACGGACCAACGGAGAAGUUCUUUUGGAGUUUGACUCAGUUUACAUUGGAACGGAGAAGGCGCUACCGGUACGCUUUCAAAACAGUGGUGACGUGGCGGCUGUCGUGUUUGUGGACCUCCGCUAUCUUUCAGAGUACUCGCUGCGCUGCCCGGAGGGCGGGGCGGCCUCGCUGGCGUGGCGGGGUCGCGGUGAAUCCGUUCCAGGGGAGACGUACGUCACCAUCCCGCCUCGCAGCGAAGCGAACGUGCUGUUUGUUUACCGCCCCAUCGGCUUGAGCAACGAUGAGCGCUUCCUCGUUGCGUGGCGGCACAUUGGGGCGAAUGAGAUGAAUCCACUGGCGCCACUUGCGAUUUCUGCACGGGCGAUGGUGUCACAGAUAGCCGUGGGGCGACAAGUCCUCGAAUUCCCGCGCACAGUUAUCGGGAGCACCGCUGUGCCAAUGUCCGUCGCGAUUGAGAACUUCUCUGGUGAUUCGGUGCGGUGGGAACUCAUUUUGACUCGUGGCGAUGGCAGUAAGAAAGAAAGAAGCAGCGAUAAGAGCGCUGCGUGCGAAGUAUCCCCUUUCCACGUGAACCCGGAGAGUGGCACGUUGGCACCCCACACAAGUGAACUUCUGCACGUCGCAUUUGCGCCCACCACGGAGGGCAAUUGGCAGGAAAGCUACUCUGUGUAUAUUGACGGGAACCACCUGCGUCCUUGUGCGGAGGUGCGGGUCUCUGGGUUCGCUGCCAAUCCACGGAUUUUGUGCGACAAGGAAGAACUUGUUUUUCCUGCCGUUCCUCUCAAUGUUGUGGUGCGAGAGACGAUGUAUAUUAAAAAUGACAGUUUUGACACCAUUGAUGUACGAUACUCCAGCAAGGGGCAGGGCCCACUCACCGUCACCUUCCCACACGCUGCCACCUUUAACUCUUCCUCACGUAUUCCUGUCGUUGUGGAGUUCUGCUCCCCGAAGCCUGUCACACUCUCGACAUCCAUUACGUUUACAUCAGACAAGUGUGAAACACUCACGAUUCCUGUAACCGCCACAGCCGUCAACUCAUUUCUUACGACCGCUCCAUACGUUAUUUUCCAGCGCGGCUUCUCACAUAUUAGGGUCCCUGAGGAUCCCGUCGUGGCUGUAGGGCACAGUGAAGAGGAAGAAAGUUCGGAUGAAAAGGAGGAGCGGAUUAUGCCACUCAUCUACCACGAUGACGUCCCUGCGUUUCCCUCUAGCGCUGCUGCUACCGCUACUGCUAUUAGCCCAAUGGCUACCGGCUCCGGUGACAGUGCUACGAAUGAUCGUAAGCAUCAUUCAGUGGGUCCUGAGCGUCGCCUGACGCUCAAAUCUUCUCCGUUUGGCUACGUGGAUGCCGUUGGACAAAUUCUGUAUUCAAAACACGCGAUUGAAAACCUGCGGGUGUGGCUAAACCAUAGCGUUUUCCAAAAGCCUGUGGAUGAUCUCAUCUAUACACUGCAGUCGACUGACGGACGCCAACUUGUUGAGGCGGCGUGCCGACUUUCUGGUAAGAAACCCAAUAAAUUGGCUCGACCCACUGGGAGCGAAAGGUCGUUGAAUUCUCUCCAGUUAUUGGUGUCAAUGAUAAAGUCGAAGGGCGGUUGUCUGAGUGAAGUCCGCUUACCGUAUUUGUUGAAUUACGGCGCGUACCGCCGUUACUGCGAGAGCUCCGGCGCGGAUGUUCUUUCAGAAAUCGCCUUUGCCACGCGUGCGGAUCAUGCGUGGGUGACAGUAAUCCUGCAGUUUAUUCGUGUGUUUUAUCUUCCCAAGGUGGAUCUUGCGGCCAUUUCUCAGCUUUACCCGGGGAUGAAGGCGUAUCUUUCAAACGCCACGUGGGAACCUGCACCUUUUCAGGCGGCCCUUCGCGAAAGCAAUGUGUUCAGCCCCGAAGAAGGUUUACUGCUCUGGUGGGUUUUCUACAAUGUGCAGAAGUGCAAGAGGGAGGGUCUGCUGAAGGGUAGGACGAAGAUGCUUCGGGGAUUUGACGACCUAUGCGACUGUGUGGGUGUGAUUGCUUGCAUUCUUGCAUAUGUGCCUUCGGCAGCAACACGUUUUUCAUUGAUGGAACGCCUUGUUUCUGAGCCUAAAACUCGAAACGAUGUGGAGAACAAUGUGGCGCUGCUUUUUGCCAUGCUGACUUACCUUGGGUUUCCCGCCUGUGUCGGGCCACGUGACCUGCUAGAGUACAACAGCGUCGACUGGCUGCUGCUUGUCGCGACGCUCUUUGUUUUUCUGCCGCGCUUCAUUCCGUCUGCCGUCAUUUUGCUUGAGGGAAAACUGCUCGUCCCGAUGUCACGGUCACUGGAGGUGGCGAACGCGUCGAACACGGAACGUACGUACACCGUUGAGAUGAGCAACGCCGUCUUUCGAGCACUGCCACGGGAGUUCAGCGUCAAUGCUGGUGGUGCGGUGCAACUCAGCGUGGAGGUGACGUUGCUUUUUAACCGCCGCGUAGAAGGGGAGUGUGUUGUCAUUGACACCUCCGCUUGCCUCAUGGAUGAGCGGGCACCCGUCGUGUUUCGUCUCGCCGCUGUCCCCAACAAUGAACCCCUGCGUGUCAUAAACAUUCAGACCCCGCUGUAUACAUCCCUUUAUUAUGAGAUGAUUGUGGAAAGCCCUUUUCCGGAGAGUUGUGUGGCAACCCUUCGCUUUGCGCAGGAGUAUAAGAAUGAUGCCGGGUACCCUGAGGGGGAUUUUGGUAAAACGAUACAGAAUGCCUUCAGUAUCCCCGUUGGAGUCGUUCCUUUCCGCAGCGGCGAGAAAUCAAAGGUGGUGGUGCAGUUUUUUCCUUUUGCCCGCGGUAAAUACGAGGCUCACAUCACAUUUCAUGACGAACGGCAGGGCGAGUUUUCGUACCUUGUCGUUGGCACAUGCACGAUGCCAAAGGUGACGGACAAAGUGAGCAUCCGGGCCGAGUCUGGGGAGGAGUGCACGCAGACAAUUUUCUUGAAACUUCAGAAUGCACCGUUUGAAAGGAUGCUGCGUGCGGCUGAGGACCAUCGCCGCGUCUCUGUUGUGCGCGCCGGGAAACGUUCCCUUAUGCCGGAUCUUGUGGGUGUGCCCUACAGUGUGAGCUUUGUGAACGAGGCCAACGUUGGCCCGAAUCCCUUUUUUCGCGGCCCCGAGAAUGUCACAUUUGUGGCAGGCGAGUCGAUGUUGCCAUUGUCUUUCACAUUUUUGCCCAAAUAUCUCGGUGAGUACAAUUGUUACAUUAUUCUUGCCUCAAAGUACGAUGUGCGUAGCAUUCAGUUGACUGGCAAGUGUGUUCCGACCGGUGAAAGAGGCGUUCUUCGUUUUGCCUGCCCUGCUAGACAACUUAUCACACAGGGCUUGUCUGUGACGAAUAACACCAAUGAGAAUUGGUUGAUUACGGCCACCGUGACGGGUCCGGGGUUCAGUGGGCCAAAAGAGAUGCGUGUACCGUGUGGGAAGCAACGGGAGUAUUCACUGCGCUACUGCCCUGCGUGGAUUUCCUCGGCAAAUGGGAAUCUGACCCUAUUCAACAACACGACGGGGGAACGCUGUGUAUAUACGCUUAUCGGCGAGGCGGAGGAGCCAGUGUCAGAGGAUGUGCUCUUUGUGGACUGCCGGGCACGCGAACGUUGUGUAGUGACAUUGACAGUUCCUGACGUCAGUGGUGUGGAUGCCACAUAUCUCGUGGAGACGGAUCUGCCGUUUGCUCGAGGGGAGUCGUCACUUUUGGUGCGAAGAGGAUCUACCAGCAAGUACUCACUCGUAUUGCAUCCUGUGAUGGGUGGCACGUAUGCAGGGACGGUUAAGUGUCGUGCCCCCAAUGGACGUUAUGCGUGGUAUGCCGUGACAGUCAAUGUCAGCCCCCCUGAGAAGGAGGGUACGGUUGAGAUAAGGACCGAUACACGCACUCCUGUGACAGCCGACGUGAGUAUUCAGAACCCAAGUGACAAAUCUCUCAUAUUUAAUGUGCGUCGCUUCGGCCCUGGUCUUUUUGGUGAGAACUCUAUCCUUGUGGAACCAGGCGCCCCCGCGGUGUACUCGCUGUUGUUUGUUCCAUCCCAACUUGGCUCCUUUGACGGACGCCUUGCAUUUUGCAGCGAGGAGGCAGGUGAGUUCUGGUACGAACUGAGCAUUGUUGUCGAGGAGGCGGCUCCUGAAGAGAUUGCAUUUGAAAGCGAGAUUGGUGUUCCAGAUGUGAUGCAGGUUCGGAUACCAAACAACACCUCCAUUGAACGGACUCUUGUUGUCUUCAAUACCAACCCCCGUAAUUUCUCAACGGCACCGGCUCUUUUGACGAUUCCAGCCUAUUCUGAGCUGACGGUUGAUAUUGUGUAUACGCCUACUGCAAUAGAGAAGCCACAGGAGACAAUGCUCAGGCUACAUAAUCCGGAUCUUGGCGAGUGGCGCUACCACUGCCGCGGUGUCGGCCGUCCGCCCGCGGAGAGCGCCCCGGUGGAGUGUGUCUGCGACGUCGGGGGAAAAUUGUCCGUGGCGCUCAAGAUAAAAAAUCCGUUUGAUGUACACAUUGUCCCCGUAGUGGAACUUUGCUGCGACAAGGAGGGGUAUUACACCUUGGCUACGAUGCCGCAGCUGCCAUCCAUCGCACCGGGGGCGGAGGGUGCCAUAUCGCUUACCUACACGCCCAAAUCUGUCGGUCGCCAUGAGGCCACCGUCCUCGUGCGUCCGAAGACUUCGGCGCAGGAGGCGCAAAAUUUCACUUGGAGAUUCCCGCUGAGGGGUGUUGCGGAGUGGCGUUGCCGCGAUGCGCCUCGGCGUUUCCGUUGCGUGGCAAGGCGCCAGCUGGAGGAGACGAUCACGUUGGAAGCACCGGGGCUUACGGAAGAGGAGUGUUGUCUCUCCGUGGCGUUGGAAUUAGAGCGUCACCAGCAGUACGCGACGGCUGUAGAGGCAAGUCUUCAAAGCAAGGUGGAGGUUUCCAACGCAGCAAAGGAGCUGCUUACUGUCAAUAUACGCUUUGCUCCCUUGCGUUCCUUCCUUGCCGCGGCUGACCUUGUCGUUCGCUCUGGAAAGGGUGCGGCGUGGCGGUAUUCUAUCGUUCUGGAUGCAUUACGGGCUGAGUAUGACGAUGUGGUGACUAUUAAGGCCGCUCUUCGCACCGUAUCCGCCGUCGUAUUCGACAUGUACAAUGUGUUUCCACACACUUCUCCUUUCAAUGCCUAUUUUACCCCUGAAAGCUCUCGUGAUUUUUCUGUAAUGAAUGCGCGUGGGGUGCUGCAUCCGUUCUUGGUGGGCCAGCGCAACCCGGGGGUUGCGACACCGCUGCAGGUGCGGUUUGCCCCCUCAGCCCGUCUACCGCGGGUGGAGGGGACUCUCAUUGUUGACACCGAGGAAAUGCAGUGGUCCUUCAAGGUGAUCGGGAAGAUUGAGGAUAGACAGACGCGAUAG